AUGGGGGGUAGUGAAGAGAAGAAGUGUUUUGUGUGUGACUCUACUGAACCCUACAGCGAACUCCACAACCAGUCGACAAACCACCGGAUAGGAAACGUGGUCACAAGUUUCGCCAUCGACCGGCUCAAGACCUGGUGGCAGUCUGAGAACGGGAUGGAGAAUGUGACCGUUCAACUUAACCUUGAAGCAGAGUUUCACUUCACUCACCUCAUCAUGACUUUUAAGACCUUCCGUCCGGCUGCGAUGGUCAUAGAGCGCUCCUCAGAUUUCGGUAAGACCUGGGAGGUUUAUCGAUACUUCGCCUACGACUGCGAGAGCUCGUUCCCGUCCGUGUCGGUGGGACCCAUGAGGAAAGUGGACGACAUCAUCUGUGAUCCCAGAUACUCUGACAUCGAGCCAUCAACAGAGGGAGAGGUCAUCUUCAGAGUUUUGGACCCGGUCUUUAAAAUUGACGACCCUUACAGUCCCAGAAUACAAAACAUGUUGAAGAUCACAAACCUUCGUGUGAACUUUGUAAAGUUGCACACGCUCGGAGACAACCUGCUCGACUCUCGGAUGGAGAUCAAAGAGAAGUAUUAUUACUCCAUCUACGACAUGGUCGUCCGCGGCAACUGCUUCUGCUACGGACACGCCUCCGAGUGCGCACCUGUGGAGGGAGCGGGACAGACCAGAGAGGGCAUGGUUCAUGGUCGCUGCAUGUGUAACCACAACACUAAAGGACUGAACUGUGAAAAGUGCCAGGACUUCUACCACGACCUACCGUGGAGACCAGCUGAGGGACGCAAUACUAACGCCUGCAAGAAGUGUAACUGUAACCAUCACUCGGACUCGUGUCACUUCGACAUUGCGGUGUUUGAGGCAUCUGGAAACCAGAGCGGAGGAGUCUGUGACAACUGCCAGCACCAGACUGCAGGGCACCAGUGUGAACUCUGCCAACCAUUCUUCUACCAGCACCCCGAGAGAGACCUGAGGGACCCCAACAUCUGCCAGCCCUGUACCUGUGAUCCCGUGGGCUCUCUGGAUGGAGGUCUCUGUGAUGGUGUGACUGACAUCAGGGUCGGACUGAUCGCUGGUCAGUGUCGCUGUAAAGCGAACGUGGACGGAGAGCGGUGCGAACGCUGCAAAUCUGCGCAUUACGGCCUCAGUGACCAUCCAGAGGGGUGCACAGCAUGUACCUGUAGUCCCCUGGGGACACUUCCUGGAGGAAAUCCCUGUGACAGCGAAACAGGAAGCUGCUUCUGCAAACGUCUGGUGACCGGACGAGACUGCGACCAGUGUGUGGCUGAACACUGGGGUCUGAGCAGCGACAUGGACGGAUGCAGACCAUGUGACUGUGAUCUGGGAGGAGCUGUCAACAAUCAGUGUGAUCAUGUGACCGGGCAGUGCGUGUGCAGGCCCCACAUGUUUGGACGCCGCUGUGAUCAGGUGGAGUCUGGAUUCUACUUCAUCGCUCUGGAUCACUACACGUAUGAGGCUGAAGACGCCAAGUUUGGGCCUGGUGUGACAGUGGUACAGAGGCCCCACCCCCUGGACAGAAGCCCCACCUGGACUGGAGUGGGUCUGGUCAGUGUUCCGGAGGGAGCGUAUCUGGAGUUCUCUGUGGACAACAUUCCUCACUCCAUGGAGUACGAUGUUGUGAUUCGCUAUGAGCCUCAGCUACCAGAGCAGUGGGAGGAGGUGAUGGUGACAGUGAUCAGACCAGCAGCCAUCACUCCAGACAGUCGCUGUGUGAACACUGUCCCAGACGACGACAACCAGAUGGUGUCUCUGCACCCGGGCUCACGCCACAUGGUUCUGCCACGGCCCGUGUGUUUGGAGUCUGGACUGAACUACACGCUUCGUCUGAGUUUCCCGCUGUACUCUGCCCUGAGCGACCACCAGUCUCCAUACACCCUCAUCGACUCUAUUGUGUUGGUGCCAAACUGUAAGAACCUGGAGAUCUUCACGGGGUCAGAGGGGGAGGGCGGGUCAGAGAGUGGAUCAGAGGGCGGCUCGCACGGCGGGUCACAUGAUGGAUGGGAAAUGUUCCAAAGAUAUCGGUGUCUGGAGCACAGCCUCAGUGUCGUCAAAACACCUUUAACCGACAUCUGCAGAAACUACAUCUUCAGCAUCUCCGCCAUGUUGCACCAGGGAGCUAAAGAAUGCCAGUGUGACCCUCAGGGCUCCCUCAGUUCGGUGUGUGACCCCAGCGGAGGUCAGUGUCGCUGCAAACACAACGUUAUGGGACGAAACUGUGAUCAAUGUUCUCCUGCGACGUUUCAGUUUGGACCCAACGGCUGCAGAGCCUGUGACUGUGAUGUUGAGGGCUCCGUCUCCCCCCUCUGUGACCCCCUCAGUGGACAGUGUAGAUGUGUGACUGGUGCCUCAGGACGACAGUGUGACAGGUGUCUCUCUGGACACUGGGGGUUCCCGUCGUGUCGUGUGUGUCUCUGUAACGGACACUCAGAGGACUGUGACCCAGAGACAGGACGCUGUGUGGACUGCAGGGACCACAGCACGGGACACAGCUGCCAAAGGUGUCUGGAUGGUUACUAUGGAGACCCAGUCCUUGGUUCUGGAGACCACUGCAGACCCUGCCUGUGCCCUGAUGGACCCGGAUCAUCGCGACAAUUCGCAGACUCCUGUUACCGCGGCGACAGCUCCGUCCAGGCCGUCUGUGUCUGCAACCAGGGAUACAAAGGUGCCCGUUGUGACGAGUGCUCUCCUGGUUACCAUGGAAACCCCGGUGAGGUGGGGGGGGAGUGUCGUCCGUGUGAUUGCCAUGGCAACAUCGACAUGUUGGACCCGGAGUCAUGUGACCCUCGGAGCGGCGUCUGUGUGCGCUGCCUGUACCACACUCAGGGGUCAAAGUGCGAGCUAUGUCAGCGCGGUUUCUACGGUGACGCCCUACAACGGGACUGCAGGAAGUGUGUGUGUAACCUCUUGGGCAGCCUCAAUUCCACCUGUGAUUCUGGAGACUGUGAGUGCGACCGCAGCAGUGGACAACACAUGGGACAUGGGCAGCGGAGAGGGCUGCAGACCAUGUGA